GUAGGUGCAGAGCAGAUGAUGCCUCUGAGGCUCUUACUCUGAGUCUGAGAGAGCUUCAACAAAUAGAAAACUGACUUUUGCUCUGAAAAAAAAGCUGUCUUCUCUUUAGUUUGGCUUUCCCUCUCUUUCUUUCUGUGCUUCAAACUCCGCGCUCCAGAAAUCAAUGGCGAGAGUCAAACAUACAGCUAACCGGAAAGACAAUAAAUCUUCUCGCAACCAACCUGGCGGACGCUCACCGGCGGCAUCACCUGCAACACAACCGGAACCUUCUGGAAGAACGCAGAGAUCAGAGAGGAACAGCCCGACAACUCCAGGAACACAGAAGAAGAAGCGACCUCAGAGGAAUGCUCCCACAACUCCAGAAACGCAGAGGAAGAAGCGGCGUUUCAGGCCAGGAACAGUGGCUCUUCGGGAGAUUCGUCACUUCCAGAAGACAUGUUCGUUGCUUAUCCCAGCUGCUCCUUUCAUCAGAGCUGUAAGAGAGGUCUCCAACAAUCUGUCUCAUGGUUCUAUACGUUGGACACCUGAUGCUUUAUUGGCAAUUCAAGAGGCAGCAGAGGAUCAUUUAGUUCAUCUGUUUGAAGAUUCCAUGCUCUGUGCAAUUCAUGCAAAGCGUGUCACUCUUAUGAAGAAGGAUUUCGAGCUGGCUCGUCGAAUUGGAGGUAUAGGGAGGCAGUGGUGAGAGCAUCACGACCUCAACCGACACCAUAAUCACUGAUCAUAACAAUUUUAAAAACAAUGGGAUUUGUUCUCUGGUAGUAGCCAAUUUUAUUUUUGUUGUUGUAAUUUCUUAGAACUAGGAAGUAGGCAGCAAACUCGACUCAUAGUACUGUAGUUAUGUAUACUGUCACCGAAAGAAAAAACAAAAGUUGAAAUAAUCUGUUUCCCAAGAAUCA